AUGGCUGGCGCGACGUUUCCUGAUUUCCAAAAGGAAGCUUCGACUUCUUCAUCAGAUGAUGGGACGAGUAGACCCUUGCCGAAGGGCGUGGUGUUGGGGCCGGAUGGGAAGCCCUGCCGAACAUGCACCUCCUCCGCCUCGUGGAAAGCCAUGAUGGGCCAAGCAGCAACCACAAUCACCUCAAAACCCAAACCCCAAUCGCAAUGCCCUCCGGACGUCGAAGAACUCGGCCGCUCAACCUGGACGCUUCUACACACCAUCACCGCCAACUACCCCACCACGCCCUCCCUCCAACAACAAUCCGAAACUAAAACCUUCCUCUCCCUCUUCGGCAAAAUGUACCCUUGCUGGGUCUGCGCGGACGAUUUCAGGAGUUGGAUGUCCUCGUAUGGGAAUGAGCCGCGGGUGAGUAGUAGGGAGGAGUUUGGGAGGUGGAUGUGUGAGGCGCAUAAUGCGGUGAAUGUUAAGUUGGGGAAGAGGGAGUUUGAUUGUGGGAGGUGGGAGGAGAGGUGGAGGACGGGGUGGAGGGAUGGGAGUUGUGAUUGA